CGCUGCGUCACGUCCCGGAAGUGCCGUGCUGCGCCCCCGCCUUAAAGUGACCGCGCUGCGCUGCUGCCCAUGGCGAGGGCCGGGCACGCCUGGAGCCGCCCGGCGGGGCAGGGCGGGGCCGAGGAGGACGAGGACCCGCUGGACGCCCGGAUCGCGCGGAGCGGCUGCCUGGAGCAGCACCGGCAGCUGCAGGAGUGCAUGGCCGAGCGGCGGGACUGGCGGCACUGCCAGCAGCAGCUCCGCGCCUUCGGAGCCUGCAUGGCGCAGCGGCAGCAGCGGCCGCAGGGAGAGCAGAGCCCAGCCCGGCCCACGGACUGACACCGCCCCCGUCUGGGUUUAUUUCUGUACGACUGGCUGCGGACUUGCUGGGAAAUUAAAUCGGCGAUUUGUCA